AUGAACAGAAGACGAGUCAGUGUUGUAGCUGCAAUGUUGUCCAAAACACCAGUGUUGGCAUUUGAAAUGCCAACAAAAGGAGUAGAUGUCAGGACUCGUCGUUUCACCUGGAGCGCAAUGCGAGCAGCACAACGUGCAGGCCGGUCAAUUCUAUUCGCUACCGACUCCGCCGAAGAAUGUGAAGUGUUGUGCGAUCGUGUCGGAAUCGUCUACAAAGGGAGUCUGCUAACUCUUGCCACUGUGGCACAAUUGAAGAAAAGGUAUGGGAACUUUGUUGUCAUAGAAUUGUGCCCAGCUACUCCCGAAGACAAAGAGAAGAUUGUCGACACGAUACGAACGACUUUUCCGUAUGCAUCUUCCCUACCGAAUACAUCUUCAAUUUCUCAGAUGCUUCGAUGGAAAAUACCGUUUCCUCAAGGCGAAAAUACACCACAGUACCUGAACGCUCUGAAAAAUCUUGUACAAAUGCUUCCAAUUCGGGAAAGUUGUAUCAUGCGGGCACCGUUGGGCGUAGUUGUACAGAAUGCCACAGACGUUUUAUCUGAAAAAGAACCACCAAGAUGA